UUUUAACGUAGUGGUUCAGCUCUUUCCCACACUACGUGAAUUGAAACCUAUUGUUAUUUCACUUAACGACACACACAGGGAUGAUGUUACCAUUAAUGAUGGAUUUAUCAACAAGUGACAAUUUUACGCCAAGAGAUUCUGAGGUGGAACUUUUUGAAUCUGCCAAAUCCAAAAACACCAUUGCAUGUUUAAAAGCAGAUUUGGGAAAAAUGUUUGUUGCUGUAAUGUUAAUUCGUGAAAAAGCUUUUGAAGUUUGCAGUUCACCACUACAACUAGGAGGUUUCUCCUCAGUAUACAUUACGCCAACAGUUAAAUUGGCACUUCAGCGAUCUGCCUACUUACGUCAUCACACUCCUUUGAAGGUGGGAAUUUUUCAUGAGAAAAAAGGAGUAAUAAAAUGGAGCUGUCAGAGAUGGAAAGAUGAGUUGGGAAAAAGCCAAGUGCUUGUUAUGACUUAUCAGGUUUUCCUUGAGGCUAUCCAGAAAGACUUCCUUGAAAUGAGCAAGCUUAAUUUGUUGAUAUUGGAUGACUGCCAUAAUGUUAUGAAUGAUGAAGCUUUGAAAAAAAUAUUGGCUUUAUAUGAAAAGUCAGCCAACAGUCUACAUCCAAGAAUCCUGGGAUUGACUGCAUCAAUAGUGAAUAACAUAUGCAAGCCAAUGGAACUAUCCCAAUUGAUAACUAUUCUGGAAAACAAAUUGCAAUCAGCUAUUUCAACAUCAAACAAUGUUUUAUCAGCAUUACAGCAUUCAACUCGCCCCAAAGAAUUAGUGUGUGAAAUAUCCUCAAAGCCUGAAGCCACUCGGCUCGAGCUAGAAAUCAUGGAUCGCGUCCAGCAGUUGAGUAGUUAUCUUCGAGAUCAUCGGUAUGAUCCCAUAGAGUAUUAUGGAGAGCAAGACUACCUUAAAGAAAUUCCCGAUCCCUGCCUUGAACCUGUUGAUCUACUUGAAGAGUAUAUCCAAAUCAUUCAAAAUUUUGGUCCUUGGGGAGCAGACCGUGCUGCUCUGGUUUACCUCAUUCAUUUAGAGAAAUUGAAAACCAAAGCAGUUUAUGAAAGACACUAUCUUCUUUUGUGCUUAGUCUUCACAGUUUUACUUGAAAUACGGUCAUUGUGCGAAGAAGAGUUUCAGGGAUAUUCCGAAUAUGAACGUAUAGAAAAGUUUAGCCACCCUAAAGUUCUUCGUCUGUUGGACAUACUCCGUAUAUAUCGACCACCAAUAACUUCAAAAUUGCCUGGAAACAAUGAUCCAACAGAGCAAACCGAUUCCACCGUAUUAGUUCAUGCCGACGAUCUCGCUGAUCAAGUUCAAAAAUUGUCCACGGAAACAUUACCGACCGUAGAGUUACCUGAGAAUGGCCCGUCCUUUGUGCGUCGGCCAACAACUCAGUCGGGUCACGUAAGUCGUCGUAGGCGUCCUGAUUUCCCUGCUCGUCACCACCGUAUUCGAGAAGACGCUUAUCAGCUAUGUGGAAUGAUUUUCACUGAAAGGCGCACCACAGCCAAACUACUCUAUCAUCUUUUAAAGGAUGCAAGUCGAUGCGACCCUCAGUUAGCGUAUCUAAGCCCUCUAUAUACCGUUGAUCGGGUCGAAGGCAUGACCGUCAAGGAAAUAGAAAGUGAAGAUCGAAAGCAAGAAGACGUUAUGAAACGUUUUCGCAGUCGCGACUGUAAUAUUCUCGUAGCCACGAGCGUUCUAGAGGAUGGUAUUGAUAUUCCAGCGUGCCAUCUGGUUAUCCGAUACGAUUUGCCACAAACUUACCGUGCGUAUGUUCAUUCAAAGGCUCGAGCGCGCGCCAAAAAAUCCCAUUAUAUUCUGAUGGUCGAGAAGGAGCGCAUGGAUGAAUUUCUGGUGAAUCUCUCUCACUUCCAUGCCACUGAACAAAUUCUGCUAAGUAAAAGUGGCUAUCACAACUCUUUGGCCGAGUUCGUCAAUCACAGUGAAGAUAUGCUCAAUAAUAUUGAGAAACCGUACACACCUGGUGACGCUUCAAAAUCAUAUGCGUCUUUACAAAACGCCAUUUCCAUCAUUAACAGAUAUUGCGCAAAGUUGCCCAGUGAUUGUUUCACGCGCCUUAUUCCUGUUUGGAAAAUACGAACAAUAAUGCGAGAAUACGUUGACCCAUCUGUUUGGGACAAAUGGUCCGAACUAUUUCAGAAAAGCGAUGCAGCCGGGAAAAUGCGCAUGGAUGUAGCGUAUGUGUGCUCAUUACAACUACCAAUAAAUUCUCCUCUGCGGCAAACUGUGUCAGGUCUUCCGAUGCCAUCGAAAGUUAUAGCCAAACGAUCCGCAGCACUAGAAGCGUGUCGGUUAUUGCAUCAGCUAAAAGAGCUGGACGAUAACUUUUAUCCCACUGGGAAGGAAAACCUUCGACUGGAAGAGGAGGAGGAUUACAACGCAGAUUUGGAAGACGAAAUCGUUCCCGACAAUCUGCCACGUCCGGGCACUACGAAACGAAGGCAGUACUAUUAUAAGCAAGUGGCCGAGCCGUUUAUCGAUGGUAUUGCACGUCCCAACCAACCCUGUUACUUAUACGCGAUCACCAUGGUAUUAAGUGAGCCUAUACCUGAGGAGCAAAACACGCGUGGGAGAAAAAUUUACAAACCUGAGACCUCCCUGCAGAGUUUGGGAAUUUUGAAUAGUAAACCGCUAUCGCAAAUUUGUCCGUUUCCUAUUUUCACUCGGUCAGGCGAGGUGGAAGUGCAAAUAGUAAAAAUCGCCGAUGAAGUCUAUGUGACCGAGGAGCAAUUAAAACAAAUAACAGAUUUUCAACGCUACAUCUUCCGAAACGUGCUUUCCUUGGAAAAGGAUCCAAUGUUGUUAGAUGUUUUUCACGCCGACUGUUCCUAUCUAAUCGUGCCUUUAAAGAGAAAUUCGUUAGCGGAAAACGCCCCCUUAAAUCUGGAUUUUGCAUUCAUCGAUUUAAUUUCAUCCGUUCGAGACGCGAAACCUCAGCUGGUAGCAGACGAAGAGAGAACCGGUUAUGUCUUUGAUCCCCGCUUGUUUGCUGAUGCGGUCGUAAUGAAAUGGUACCGUGAUCAAGAACAUCCACAAUGUUUCUACGUUGCUGAGAUAUUCUAUGAACUCAACCCUCAGUCUAAAUUUCCUGAUAACAACUAUCCAACAUUCGAAAAAUAUUACCGCCAUAAAUAUGGGAUCCAAAUACAGAAUCUGAAGCAGCCGCUCUUGGACGUGGAUCACACUUCAGCUAGACUAAACUUCUUAACGCCAAGGUAUGUGAACCGAAAAGGAGUAAUGCUUCCAACUAGUUCGGAGCAUACAAAAAAGACCCAAAGAGAAAGCCUGCAACAAAAGCAAAUACUGGUGCCUGAAUUGUGCAGUAUCCAUCCUUUUUCGGCCUCUCUGUGGAGACAAGCAGUUUGUUUACCGUGCAUUCUUUACCGUUUGAACGGUCUCCUCCUGGCAGAACAACUCCGCUGCAAAGUAGCGAUGGAAAUCUCUCUGGGAAAGAGUCAGCUUGACCCUGAUUUCCGCUGGCCCGCCUUACGAUUUGAUUGGAAAUGCAAAUCCUCAGAUCCCAUAUUACCACCAGUUCAAAAGGCAGUCAGUGCUAAAAACGUUGAAGAAAUUAAUCAGCCAAAAGAUGAAACCGAAGUCAACAACGUACCGAAAUCGCCUUCAAAGCCGCAGAAAAGAGAAAAUAAGGAAGCGAAAAAAAGCACAGGAGCUUCUUUAUUGGAUAUCGGAGUAUGGAACCCGGAUACGAUUGAUGGCAACAACCAGAAUGGAACGGGAGAAACGGUCGAUGAAGACUAUGACUAUAGCGAUCUUCAAGCAGUAGCUCUGCUGACCAAUGAUAAUGGAGCAGAUUUUGACUGGUCUAAACCGGUGGUUGAUAUUUCUGGACUUGAAGGAUCCCUCCCUAAGUUCGGCGUGGGAACACAAGAUUACGUUGGAUCCUGGGAUGAGCCAAAAUCAAAGGAAUUCUCCCAGUACCGGCCGAAGUCACCAUCGGAAUUGAUAAGCAAUUUUUCAGAUGGCUCAUAUAAUAGUGAUCAAAGCAUGAAUGACAGUGAUACGGACGAUGGUUCAGAGGAAGAAGAAAACGCUUGCAAAGUGAAAGAAUUUGGACCCAAAUUUGUCUGUAGAGGAGACACCGCAGAAGCGAUCGAAGAACCCAUUAACCUCAAAGCCAAAAAAUUUAAAAGUCCCGAGGAGGAAGAAUUAGAAGAAGGUCAGAUGGAUGACGAAGAGCCUUACGAACAGGUCGAAGAUUUGCUCAGCAUCAAAAAUCGAUGGAACGUUGAUCUUACGAACAGUGAUUUGGAACGCAGAUGUGAAGAUUUGCUCAAAUUACACAAAGCAGUGAUUGUUGAUGAAUCCGUCGUGCCAGUGGACAAAGAGAUUCCUAUUAUAUCGCCUUUCCAUGGUCGGGUAGUAGACCAUCCAGACAAUUUGGCGGAAGUUCCCGGAAAUGUGAAAAGCUUUUCCGAUAUCUCUGGCACAACAACAGGAAAAUCAAAUCGUCGACUGGCAUCUGAGAGCCCACAUAUGCUAGAGCUUACUCGCCUGUUGCUAGAACAGUGUACCAGUGAGAUUCAUGACGAAUGCGAUCCAUCUUCUGAUCCAUCCGCUCAACUCCCCCACAUAGUCCAUCCACUAAAAAAAGAAGAACCUGUAUUAGCAGCGGUAGAAAUGUCAGUUCCUGGUUUGGAUUUCCCCUUCAGUUUUGACGAACAACAGGGUUUAGAAAGCCAUCCGGGACCAUCGCCGAGCGUGAUUCUGCAGGCAUUUACAAUGUCUAGUGCCAAUGAUGGCAUUAAUUUAGAACGACUUGAAACGAUUGGCGAUUCGUUCUUAAAGUACUCUAUCACAACUUAUUUGUACUGCAAAUAUAGCAGUAUUCACGAGGGUGAACUCAGCCAUCUGCGUUCGCGUCAGGUUUCCAAUCUCCAUCUUUAUCAGUUGGGCAAGAAAAAACUGUUUGGUGGAUGCAUGGUGGCAACGAAAUUCAAUCCGCACGAGAAUUGGUUGCCACCCGGAUAUGUAAUCCCAGAUGCCUUGGAAGAAGCACUAAUUUCCUCUGGAAUCCCAUUGAAUUAUUGGAAUGUCGUGGAUCUUCAGGGAAUGGAGUAUAUGUCAAGCGAACAAGUGAAAGCCUUGGUUCAAGAGAAAUCGGAGCAAAUCAUGUUGCGAUUUGGUGGCAAAAUUCCGUCAGUCGAGGAGAUGGUAGUCGAAGGAAAUAUCUACCAUGCCCAAGACUUACCUCGUUUCGUUCCUUAUAACCUGCUAACGCAACAUAGCAUACCCGAUAAAAGUAUUGCCGAUUGUGUAGAGGCGCUCAUUGGAGCCUACCUUAGAGCUUGUGGUCCAAGAGGGGCCCUGCUUUUCAUGUCCUGGCUGGGAUUGAAGGUGCUUCCUGUCCUUGACGAAGAUGCUUAUGGCUACUGGACUCCACCUGUCUCACCUUUGGUUGAUCAGCCAUUACAUGUUCAUGUGAUGCUUGAUCACAUGCUAGCGGGAUUUGAUUCGUUUGAAGAAAAAAUCUGCUACAAGUUUAACGACCGCUCCUACCUGCUGCAGGCCUUCAGUCACGCCUCCUACUAUCUCAACAGAUUGACCGAUUGCUAUCAAAGACUCGAAUUCCUCGGUGAUGCCGUCUUAGAUUACCUUAUAACGCGGUAUUUGUACGAAAACCUACCACGUCAUCCGCCUGGCGCCCUAACUGAUUUGCGCUCGGCAUUGGUGAAUAACACGACGUUUGCUGUUUUGGCGGAGCGAUUUGAAUUCCAUCGUUAUUUCAAGCACCUGUCUCCUACUCUCAAUCAAAUUCUGGACAAAUUCGUCAAAGCUCAAGAGGAAAAUGGGCAUUCCAUCAAUGAAGAGUAUUAUAUGAUUGAAGCUGAAGAUGUGGAAGUGCCUAAAGUUCUUGGCGAUGUAUUUGAAUCAGUAGCAGGGGCAAUAUACCUCGAUUCGCACAUGUCCCUCAAUGCUGUUUGGAGAGUGUACUACAAUAUGAUGAAAAAAGAAAUUGACGAGUUCAGUAUAAAUGUUCCGAAGUCACCCAUCAGAGAGUUGCUGGAACUAGAAACCGAUCGAGUUAAAUUUGGGAAAGCUGAACGUCUCCCUGACGGCCGUCUAAGAGUUACCGUUGACGUCAUCGGGAAAGGAACUUUCAAAGGAAUAGGUCGGAAUUAUCGUAUAGCAAAGUGCACGGCAGCCAAGUAUGCUUUACGAACUUUGGAAAAGCGUAAAAUGCUGACGAAACGCGGCGAACAGUGAACCCAUGAAUGCGCGUCGCCUUUGCGUGACGUGUUAAAUCAAAAAUGUCUCAAACUUCAAAACAGCAUAAUUUCUUUGGUGCAUUUGGCAGUUGACGUUGACCCAUACCGACUGUCAGAACAUUAAAGAAGUAUGGUGUUUACUUAUAGUAAGACAUGUGAUUAGCUAAUACACAUGUCAAAUCGUA